AUGUCGGAUUCGGAUAGCGCAAGUGAUGACAAUGAGAACAAGAAUGGUAACGCUUCUCCGGAGAAGAGCCAAUUGAGCGAUGGACUCACAGUCGGGUUAGUUACAGUGUCUGGCCCCGAUGCUACGCCAACCUCUUUGACCGUCCCUCUUGCGCUGGCUCCCGAGCAAUAUUCUUUAGCCAUAGUUCAUGAAGUGUAUCAUUUUCCAUCUGUCAGGAAUUCUUCGAGUGGUGAUUCCGAUUCCACUCCCUCACAUCGAUCUCAUCCCGACGAGACCUCACAAAAUGCUCUCAGCGAAAAAGGCUCUGACAAAAGUGACUCUGAGCGGUCUUCCGCAUCUCCUCGGAAGGACAAGAACAAUGUGGUCAGUGGCUCUGAAAAGAGUGAUUCUGAACGAAAGGACACGAAGAAUGUGAAUAGCGGCUCUGAAAAGAGUGAUUCUGAACGGUCUUCUGCAUCUCCUCGGAAGGACAAGAAGAAGUUGGCCAGCGGCUCCGAAAAGAGUGAAUCUGAACGAUCUUCUGCAUCUCCUCGGAAAGACAAAAAGAAUUUGGCUAGCGGCUCUGAAAAGAGUGACUCUGAGCGGUCUUCCGCAUCCCCUCCGAAGAACAAAAAGAAAUUGGUUAGCGGCUCAGAAAAGAGUGAUUCUGAACGGUCAUCUGCAUCACCUCGGAAAGUGAAGAAGAGUUUAAUUAGCGACAGUUCAGAGGAUGAGGCGGGAAGUGGCAAGAAGUCGCCAACGUCUGCAGCUCGUAUUUUUGGAGAUGAUUUGUCUUCAGACUCAGAUGAUGAGAGAGGAGAUGCAGUCAAAAAGAAAAGGGCAGCUACAGAUUCUGAUGGAAAUAAGUCAGAUGCGAGUAGGAAAAGUGACGAGAGCAUUCAUGGUAUUCGAAUGUAUCCCGAACAAGAAGAACAACCCGAGAAGCAACUACCACCAACUAUUGUUGACAUAACUGUGAGCAAAGUGAAUUGUGAUUUCGGUGAUGGGAUCCAGUUCAUGAAGAUUCCGAACUUCUUCUCUGUUGCGCAAAAACCCUUUGAUCCGGAGACUUACGAAGAAGAUGAAGAUGACGAUCACAUAGACGAUGAGGGACGUAACCGUCUAAAGUUGAAAAUAACUGUGAGCAAAGUGAAUUGUGAUUUCGGUGAUGGGAUCCAGUUCAUGAAGAUUCCGAACUUCUUCUCUGUUGCGCAAAAACCCUUUGAUCCGGAGACUUACGAAGAAGAUGAAGAUGACGAUCACAUAGACGAUGAGGGACGUAACCGUCUAAAGUUGAAAGCGGAAAACACCAUUCGAUGGAGGUUCGCCCAGGAUGCAGAUGGUAAUGUUAUAAAAGAAAGUAAUACGCGAAUUGUGAGAUGGAGCGACGGGACCAUGUCCAUGGUUAUUGGUAAAGAAGUGUUUGAUGUUGAAUCAGUACCCAUACAUGGCAACAUGCAACAUUUGUUCGUGCGGCAGGGAGCUGGCCUUGUUGCACAAAAGAUUUUUGAUAGAAAACUCAUUUUCCGACCGCACUCCACUGAUAGUGAUACGCACAGAAAGGUCACAAUGAAUAUGGCGGAAAGAACACGGAAAAGUGGUCAAGUACGAAUGGUCGCUGACGUGGGGCUGAAUCCAGAGCAGGCGCGCAGGGAAGCAGUUCGUCGUGAGGAAGAAGCUCUCAGGGCAGCACUUCGUAGAGAAACCCAGCAACGGCGAACGAGGGAUCGCCAUCGUCCUAAUGCCGGCUUUGCAGAUGACGACGAAGGCGAAGGAAUCCCACGUGGUCGGGGUCGAGGUGCAGAAGCGCCGUUGAUUGGGGCAAGUGAUUCUGAAGAGAGCGAUACUGGUCGACAGGGCACUGUUAACAAAGAUACGGAAGAUUCCGAUGAGGAGUUCCGAAAGAAGAAACAGCAACAAAAGAAGAAAAUCGUUACUAGUGACGAAGAAAGUGACUAG